AGAGUUUGCAAAGGGCGGUAAUUCUGAAUACGGGCGCGUGCGUAGAAUAACACUUGCAAUAUACCAAGAAAUCCAAUAUAUCUCACCACGUAUUGACCAAAACUAACCAAAGAGCAAUACGAGGAACACAGCACCAACCCUCACUACCAAGGAAACUUCCCAAAUACACCCAAACAUAACAGAAAACGACUAAGUAUAUGAAAAGCUGAAAAAAAGAUGGCACUUGGCAUCUAUCCAAGGAACUUUUGCCUCCUUGCUUUGGUCAGUGUCACGUGGGCAGCGAGGAGGGGUGUUACACGUGUCUCGGUGGGCGUGGCACUUCUCCUUGCCAACACCCUGCGCACCCACCCCCCCCGUGGCACUCCCUGUGGUAAAGUGGCAUCACCUAGGAUCACGUGGCACCCUCCAGACCUCACGUAUUCCUCUUGGCACUGUAGUUAGGGAGUGGCACCCUCGCUGCAGUGCCAGCAUCACGCCCUAGGCACCAUGUUAUCUGGGAGGACCCGUGUUCCCCCGCCAGUACGUUGCCAUGACAACCUCCACCGCCAUCAGCCCCGGCAGCAGCAUCCAGCCUGAGAUAACAUUCCGCUGGUGUCGGACGGUGCGGUGCCAGACGCAGGAGGUGUGGCUGGUGCUGACCUCCGUGACGGGCACGCAGGUGUGCCUCACCUGGCAGCAACACCUGGGCUGGUACGAGGCCCCGCCCACACCCGUGCCCUGCGGCCUCCACACAGGAUUCAUCCACGUCAGGGGCAAGGGUGAGCGGGAGUGGCCGGUGGACGCGUUCCACGUGUCUCCACACCGGGCUGCGGUGGAGCUGUUCGUGGCGGGGGACGCGGCAGGCGCCUUCCUGGGUCACGUCCCGGACCUGCGGCGCCGCUACCUGCACCCCUCGCCCAACGCCCGCCGCUGGGUGUCCUCCACCGCGCUCCCCAGCAGGGCGGGCCCCUCCCCGCCGCCUUCUGCUCGCGAUGAGUGGGGCGACGCUCCUCGCGCCAGGUCGGGGCGGGGUGGUUUGACCCGCGGGGGAGCUUCGGCAUCUCUCGGAGACCUCCGCCCCCUGCCAGCCGCCACCCCGUCUCCCGCCUUCUCGCGGGCCUUCCGCGUGGCGGCUGAUCUGUCCCGCACCAGCUCACGCCUGCUGGCCGGCCUGUCCUCCGGCAGCAGCGGCGUGUGUGUGGCUGGCGACGAGGCCGGCACCCCGCCCCACCACGGCAUCCACCACCACUUGCACCACCACCCACCAUCCUCUACCUCGCCCUCACCGGACUCCGAGGACGCCUUCGGCGGACCUCGUAACAGGGUGUCCCGCACGCGGCGGCGACGGGUGCAAGGCGAGGUGUCCUGUGAGGAGGUGGAGGUGGAGGCCGCGCUGUCUGCAGCCCGCACGUCCUCGCUGCGCACCGAGGCGGCGCUGCUGCGACUGGACGCGCUGGCGCAGGAGCGGCGCGUGGCGCGGCUGUUGGCACAGUCAGAGUCUGACUCAGACUUCGAGGAGGAAGAGGAGGAGGAGGAGGAGGAGGAGGAGGAGGAGGCAGGUGUUGGUAGUGGCGGCGGUGGUGGUGGUGGUGGUGGGCGGGGCCGCGGUGGGGGGGCCAGUACGGGUGCGUCAUCACCUUCGAGAGCCGCAGCUCCAGCCUGCAGGACGUGGGCUCCCCGCGCGCCCUGGAGGACGCCCUGGUAUCCCUCACCUCCACGGACAGCCACCCGGAGUUCACCUUUGAGGGCAGCCGCUCCUCGGGGCCGCCCUCCCUCAGCGGGACGGCCGCGGGGGUGCGGGUGAGCCUGGAG